AUGUCAAACGUUUCAAUAAGUUCUGCUGCUCCUUUACUAAAAGAGAGAGCUGCGCAAACAAAUCAAAAUACUAUUGAUAAUAGCAUUAAAGGUACAUGGGAGGAAGUUGGAAGAACUGGUGUAUCCGCGAUGCAUUGUGUACUAGUUCGUCCCACUAAAAUGUUAAUUAUCGACAAAGCUCAAAAAAAUCCAGAAGCAAAAUAUCCAGAUGAAAGUUAUGCUUAUACAACCGAAUAUGAUCUUGUAACAAAUACUUUUAGGAUAUUGACUUUAAACACAAAUACUUUUUGUUCGGCCGGCUCUUUUCUUGAAAAUGGUACUUUGAUAGAAACUGGUGGUGCUGAAAAUACUACAUGA